UAUUGCACAAGUUCGGGUUAUCGAUUACUAGUUUGCAAAUUCAUUCGUUCGUCAACAUAACCCUGCUUAGAAAAUUCCUCUUAGAAGUCCCGAAUGUGCAGGAGUUGACGAUUCACAUGAGCUUACCGGCUGAAGACACCGAAAUUGAGUCAUUUCCAGCUCUUGCAAAAUUAAAAAAUCUAAAUCUACGCACUAGGGAGAGCGAUAUGCCACUGUUCAGAGAUGCCCUCAAUUUGCCUACCAACUCCCCGCGCUUAGAACAGCUGAAAUUGGGAAACGACGAAGGAGCGUUUUUCAACGUUUUAGAGCAUUUCAGCCCUCAGCUAAAAGUGGUUAAAGUUAACCGUGUAUCCGAAGAGUUUUUUCUACUGAACUUCCCUCGACUCAGGGAGUUGGAGUUGUUUGUCGAUGCACCGAUCACUUCCGAGUUAAGUUUAGAUUUUUUUCGAAGGCACUCCUCCAUUCAAGAGCUCAAGAUCAACAACGCGAUCCCGUUAGACUUGUUCCAAAUCAUCACGACUCAUUGUCGCAAUAUUACGUAUUUGAGAUUAGUUACAUCAAACCAUCACCGGAAAGGAGAUUUUAAGAGCUUGGAUCAGCUAACCAAGCUCAAGCAUCUUGAAAUCGUUAACGCCGUAUUAGACGAUGUGAGGGUGGAUGUUUUUGAGGGAUGCGGAGUGAUUUCUUCACUCGAAAAGAUGUCUUUCCAUGAGAACCACAACAUUCAUCGUUGGAGUUUUUUGACCAAACAGAUUGCGCCAGAAUUAAAAUGUUUGGAAUUCAUUGAAUCAUUCUAUGUUCUCCCCUAAUGCCAAAUUCUUCGAUGUGAUCUGCAAAUAUUGCUCACAUAUCGAUUCAAUUAUACUAGACUUUUGUUGGCCAUCGCGUGCAUUCAAGUCCUUGGAAAAGCUACCACUCCUACGUGACGUGGAAUUAUGCAUGAUGACUAUUGAAGAUUUAAGUAAAGUUCACCUA